GUAGCCCCCGCCCUGUUGGCGCCCUUGCCACCGCGCGCACCGGGGAGCACCCGGUGGAGCAGCCGAGCCGCGGCGGGACCGCGCCGGGCCGGGGGCGCGCGAGGACGCGGGGGCGCGGGCGCGAGGCCGCCCUGCGGGGCCGCGCGGAGGAGGCGCCGGAGGAGGAGCGCUGCCCGCCGGUGCCGCCGCUCUGUGCGGGUCCGGGAUCGCUGGAGCGGCCAAGCCGCGGCCUGAAACAAAGAGGCGGGCGCGGCGCGAUGGCGGACCGCAGCCUGGAGGGCAUGGCGCUGCCGCUGGAGGUGCGGGCGCGGCUGGCCGAGCUGGAGCUGGAGCUGUCGGAAGGUGACAUCACACAAAAAGGAUAUGAAAAGAAGAGGUCGAAAUUAAUUGGCGCCUACCUGCCCCAGCCUCCGACGAACGGAGCUGCGGUGGCCCGGUGUAGACUGCAGCACAGUGAAGGCGCCCCGAGGAGAACGCCACACUCCGGCCACAUCGGGGUGUGUGACAUCAGAGAAGCCGCUGGCAGGGAGCGGGUGGCCAGCACCGCGGGAAACCGGCCUCUGUUUUACUUUCGUUUCGGGGUGGAUCAAGCUUUGCCGCCAGAGCGCCGGGCUCCCGUUACUCCUUCCUCCUCCUCUCGCUAUCACCGCCGAAGGUCCUCAGGGUCAAGAGAUGAGCGCUAUCGGUCAGAUGUCCACACAGAAGCUGUUCAGGCAGCGCUUGCGAAACACAAAGAAAGGAAGAUGGCAGUGCCUAUGCCUUCCAAACGCAGGUCCUUGGUUGUGCAGACCUCGAUGGAUGCCUACACACCUCCAGAUACCUCCUCUGGUUCGGAAGAUGAAGGCUCCGUGCAGGGUGACUCCCAGGGGACGCCCACCUCCAGCCAGGGCAGCAUCAACAUGGAGCACUGGAUCAGCCAGGCCAUCCAUGGCUCCACCACCUCCACAACCUCUUCCUCAUCCACCCAGAGUGGGGGCAGCGGUGCCGCCCACAGGCUAGCCGAUGUCAUGGCCCAGACGCACAUAGAAAAUCACUCUGCACCUCCUGAUGUAACCACGUACACCUCAGAGCACUCAAUACAAAUAGAAAGGCCACAGGGCUCAACGACAUCCCGGACUGCACCAAAGUAUGGCAACGCUGAGCUCAUGGAGACUGGCGACGGAGUGCCGGUAAGUAGCCGGGUAUCAGCAAAAAUUCAACAGCUUGUCAAUACCCUCAAACGACCAAAACGACCACCAUUACGAGAAUUCUUUGUUGACGACUUUGAAGAAUUGUUAGAAGUUCAACAACCAGAUCCGAACCAGCCAAAGCCAGAGGGAGCACAGAUGUUAGCCAUGCGAGGGGAGCAGCUGGGUGUGGUUACGAAUUGGCCCCCGUCGUUAGAAGCUGCAUUACAGCGAUGGGGAACCAUCUCACCAAAGGCCCCGUGCUUGACCACGAUGGACACAAAUGGGAAACCCUUGUACAUCCUCACUUACGGCAAACUCUGGACAAGAAGUAUGAAGGUUGCUUACAACAUUCUGCAUAAAUUAGGUACAAAGCAAGAACCGAUGGUGCGACCUGGAGAUAGGGUGGCGCUGGUGUUCCCCAAUAACGACCCUGCUGCAUCCAUGGUGGCCUUCUACGGCUGCCUGCUGGCUGAGGUCGUUCCUGUGCCCAUAGAAGUCCCACUCACGAGAAAGGACGCGGGAAGCCAGCAGAUCGGCUUCCUGCUUGGCAGCUGUGGGGUUACUGUUGCCUUGACCAGCGACGCCUGCCACAAAGGACUACCGAAGAGCCCGACGGGGGAGAUACCGCAGUUCAAAGGUUGGCCAAAGCUAUUAUGGUUUGUCACGGAGUCAAAGCAUCUCUCUAAACCUCCUCGAGACUGGUUCCCACACAUCAAAGAUGCAAAUAAUGACACCGCGUAUAUCGAGUAUAAGACGUGCAAGGAUGGAAGCGUGCUCGGGGUGACCGUGACAAGGAUUGCACUGCUGACCCAUUGCCAGGCUCUGACACAGGCGUGUGGCUACACAGAAGCUGAAACAAUUGUGAACGUGUUGGAUUUCAAGAAGGACGUUGGGCUCUGGCACGGAAUCCUAACAAGCGUCAUGAACAUGAUGCACGUGAUCAGCAUCCCAUACUCAUUGAUGAAGGUGAACCCGCUCUCCUGGAUUCAGAAGGUCUGCCAGUACAAAGCAAAAGUGGCCUGUGUUAAGUCCAGGGACAUGCACUGGGCACUGGUAGCACACAGGGAUCAAAGAGACAUCAACCUCUCCUCUCUGCGGAUGCUGAUCGUGGCCGAUGGCGCCAACCCCUGGUCUAUUUCUUCCUGCGACGCAUUUCUCAAUGUCUUCCAAAGUAAAGGCCUGCGCCAGGAGGUCAUCUGUCCCUGCGCCAGCUCGCCAGAGGCGCUCACCGUGGCCAUCCGGAGGCCCACGGACGACAGCAACCAGCCCCCCGGCCGGGGCGUCCUCUCCAUGCACGGGCUGACUUACGGGGUCAUCCGGGUGGACUCGGAAGAAAAGCUGUCUGUACUCACCGUGCAGGACGUCGGCCUCGUGAUGCCCGGAGCCAUCAUGUGCUCCGUGAAGCCAGACGGGAUCCCGCAGCUGUGCAGGACAGACGAGAUCGGGGAGCUCUGUGUGUGCGCAAUUGCUACGGGCACAUCCUACUAUGGCCUCUCGGGCAUGACCAAGAACACCUUCGAGGUAUUCCCCGUGACGAGCUCGGGGGCCCCGGUCAGCGAGUAUCCCUUCGUGCGGACAGGCCUGCUGGGAUUCGUCGGUCCCGGGGGACUCGUCUUUGUGGUGGGCAAGAUGGAUGGGCUCAUGGUGGUCAGUGGGCGCAGACACAACGCCGAUGACAUCGUGGCCACAGCGCUGGCCGUCGAGCCCAUGAAGUUUGUCUACAGGGGAAGAAUAGCUGUGUUCUCAGUGACCGUGCUGCAUGACGAGAGGAUAGUGAUCGUGGCCGAGCAGCGGCCCGACUCCACGGAGGAGGACAGCUUCCAGUGGAUGAGCCGCGUGCUCCAGGCAAUCGACAGCAUCCAUCAAGUCGGGGUUUAUUGCUUGGCCUUGGUUCCUGCAAACACCCUCCCCAAAACCCCGCUCGGUGGGAUCCACUUGUCAGAAACAAAGCAGCUUUUCCUGGAGGGCUCGCUUCACCCCUGCAAUGUCCUGAUGUGCCCCCACACCUGUGUCACAAACCUGCCUAAACCUCGACAGAAGCAGCCAGAAAUCGGCCCUGCCUCCGUGAUGGUGGGGAACCUGGUCUCUGGGAAGAGGAUUGCGCAGGCCAGCGGCAGAGACCUGGGUCAGAUAGAGGACAACGACCAGGCCCGGAAGUUCCUGUUCCUGUCAGAGGUCCUGCAGUGGAGGGCCCAGACCACGCCCGACCACGUCCUGUACACGCUGCUCAACUGCAGGGGUACGAUAGCAAACUCGCUGACGUGUGUCCAGCUGCACAAGCGAGCGGAGAAGAUAGCGGUGAUGCUGAUGGAGAGAGGGCGCCUGCAAGAUGGGGACCACGUGGCUCUCGUCUACCCACCAGGAAUAGACCUUAUCGCAGCUUUUUACGGUUGCCUGUAUGCAGGCUGUGUGCCAAUUACCGUCCGCCCCCCACACCCACAGAACAUAGCAACGACGCUGCCUACCGUGAAGAUGAUUGUGGAGGUGAGUCGCUCGGCCUGUUUAAUGACAACACAACUGAUCUGUAAAUUGUUACGGUCCAGGGAGGCAGCUGCGGCCGUGGAUGUCAGGGCGUGGCCCCCCAUACUGGACACAGAUGAUUUGCCAAAGAAGCGGCCGGCCCAGAUCUACAAACCCUCCAACCCGGACACGCUGGCUUACCUGGAUUUCAGUGUGUCCACGACCGGAAUGCUAGCUGGAGUGAAGAUGUGUCACGCAGCCACCAGUGCCUUCUGCCGAUCCAUUAAGCUGCAGUGUGAGCUCUACCCCUCUAGAGAAGUGGCCAUCUGCUUGGACCCUUACUGUGGACUUGGGUUUGUCCUGUGGUGCCUCUGCAGCGUGUACUCUGGGCACCAGUCCAUCCUCAUCCCGCCUUCAGAGCUGGAAACCAACCCCGCCUUGUGGCUUCUUGCCGUCAGUCAGUACAAAGUCCGAGAUACCUUUUGCUCCUAUUCGGUGAUGGAACUCUGUACCAAGGGGCUGGGCUCACAGACAGAAUCCCUCAAGGCACGAGGACUGGACUUGUCCCGCGUGCGGACGUGUGUGGUGGUGGCAGAAGAACGGCCUCGAAUAGCACUCACCCAGUCCUUCUCAAAACUGUUCAAAGACCUGGGCCUCCAUCCGCGGGCAGUUAGCACCUCGUUUGGCUGUAGAGUGAACCUGGCCAUUUGCUUGCAGGGGACCUCAGGACCUGAUCCAACCACCGUCUACGUUGACAUGAGAGCGCUGAGGCACGACAGAGUCCGCUUGGUGGAACGAGGAUCCCCGCACAGCUUGCCGCUUAUGGAGUCAGGGAAAAUACUUCCGGGCGUUCGGAUCAUCAUCGCCAACCCAGAAACAAAAGGACCUCUGGGAGACUCACACCUGGGUGAGAUCUGGGUCCACAGUGCCCACAACGCCAGCGGCUACUUCACCAUUUAUGGAGACGAGUCCCUCCAGUCAGACCACUUCAGCUCAAGAUUAAGUUUUGGAGACACCCAGACCAUCUGGGCACGAACAGGCUACUUGGGGUUCCUGCGGAGAACUGAGCUCACAGACGCCAACGGAGAGCGCCACGACGCCCUGUACGUGGUGGGAGCCCUGGAUGAGGCCAUGGAGCUGCGCGGCAUGAGGUACCACCCCAUCGACAUCGAGACCUCUGUCAUCCGGGCCCACAAGAGCGUCACGGAGUGCGCUGUGUUCACCUGGACAAACCUGCUGGUGGUGGUGGUUGAGCUUGACGGCUCAGAGCAAGAAGCCCUGGACCUGGUCCCCUUGGUGACCAACGUGGUGCUGGAGGAGCACUACCUGGUGGUGGGCGUGGUGGUCGUGGUGGACAUCGGCGUCAUCCCCAUCAACUCGCGGGGAGAGAAGCAGCGCAUGCACCUGCGCGACGGGUUUCUGGCCGACCAGCUGGACCCCAUCUACGUGGCCUACAACAUGUAGCCCGGCCGCGGCUCCGCAGGCGUUUCUGGAGGUGGUCGCACCGUCCUCAGUGUCGCCGCGCGCGCGGCAGCAGGGCGGCGUCGCGGGAGGGAGCCGUCUCGCGGUGCUUGGAGGAGGCUGCCCGCGGCGGCCCGUUGGCGUGGGUGGAACGGACACGUGAGUUAUCACCGAGGUUUGCUCAGAAGGACCUCGCAUUUUGCCUUCAGUUCGUUGGAAAAGCCCAUUUCGAAACAUUUUUCUUCUUUUUCUUUUGUUAUUGGAUAAUAAGUGCUUUUUUCGUAAAUGUGGUAUUUCGUUAAGCCAAAAUAGCAAUUAAAAAAAUAUUCUGCCCUCCAGAUGGGUUCUUCUAAACAAUCUAUGUAGUGUGACAGAGCAUUGUUUUCUCUGUUUUACUGUGUCCUGAGAUCUUAAUGACAUGGACCUGUUACUAACUUAAGCCAUUGCUAGCUCUCAUCCUUUUAGGACAGUCUGUUGAGGUACGAGGAAACCUUCCAAAUAGCACCUUCCGAUUAAAUUUUAGCAGCUUUCUUUGUCAGAAAUGUGCUGAAGACACAGAGGCUAACACACGGCCUUUGGCAUUAGCAUAGAAUGAGAGGAAAUUAUAAAUAAGGUGUAUUUCAGCAAUUAUCUUGCAGAUAUCUUUGUACUAAACUAAAAAGAUAAAAUAAGUUAACUUCUUCAGAUGUAAUUAUGUACAAAACGUUUAAUUUAUUUUGAUCUCUUUAGAAGUAUAAAAGAGAAAAAAACAUUCAAGAAUAUUAAAGUCUUGUAAUGUUUGCUAAUAUAAAAAAGUGUUGUAUUAUCUUGCGUGGAUAGUAUCACAACAAAAAUAUAUAUAUAUGAGAUAUAAAUUCACUAAUGAGCAGAGGAGAUUUUAAAGUUUAAAACGCAGAACCUGCCACUUGCAUGGUGUCCCCUCCACGGUGUGUAGAUAGGAGAGCUGCUCUCACUUCCGCUCUGCUGAUGGGAGCGGCCCAGUUGCCAGCAGCCCCGGCCAAGCAUUUCUUCUAGAACCAGAGACCAGCAAGUGACAUGAUUGGAAACUAUCUCAAAGACGGCGAGGGGCUGUGAGGCGAGCCACGCCUGCUUUCCUCUGCUGCUGCGAGAGCCGCACCGGACAGUGUGGUCGGCGUGCGCUCACGGCCCGGCGCGCACGGGGAGGCAGGCGGCCGACAGCACUUGUUCUCUGAGCUGCAGGAAUUCGUUGCACAAUGUUUCUCAUAAUUUUUGUUAGUGUCACCCUUUUUUGGUCCUUGGUAUGAACAGGAAUGAUCCUCUGCGGUCAUUGGCACCCGGCUGCAUUGAUUCCCCUCAGAUGGCCACUGUGGGGAGUGGACAGGGUGUUCAGAACGGCAUUCGGGGGACGAUUCACACAGAGCGUCACUUCAGCCGGCUCUCCGGGGCUCCCCAGCCCGCGGGAGCAGAACCCACAGGGACCCCGCCCAAGCUGCCCGGACUCCCCCAGCGCCCCUGGCUGGAGCAAAAGCCGCACAGCUGCCUUCAUGCUGCCACCUGUGGAUCCCACGUUUCUGGUUCCCGUCUCGCUGCUGCCUCCCAGGUCUUCUCAUUCCCAGGCUCAUCUGUACACUCCUCAUUGAGUCGGCCCAUCUGUCCAGCCAGGAGGAGGCGUCAGCUCCCCUAGCGGGAUUGACUGGAUCGCUGGCCCCGGAUGGCCCUGCAGUGGCUCUCGUUGCUAGAUGUGCAUGACUAAGAUUGUUGCUGGGCAAAAUUUAGAUUCUCUUUUCAUUUUCUCGUAGGCGAUGUCUUUAUCUGCCCUUGCUGUACGCGCCAGCAGUCAGCCCUUUGCUAAAAGACAGUUUUGUUUGACUUCUGAGAUCCAAGGCUAAUUGUUUUUGUUUUUUAAAAUUUAAGUGGCGUAUUUUUUUAAAUUUGUCUGCAUGUGGGAUGCAUCCUUCCAUCACCACAAAUCAUUUGGCUUCUACGAUAUUGUUUGACUUCAUUGCUGCGUGUGAAUAUUUCUCCACAUGCUUCAGAUACACAUUCCUAUGGUCUCCGCUUCCUACGGGGAGAACUCACCACACACAGAAACAAGACAUGUCCUACACUCACCCACCUGGUUAGGAAGGGGGGUUAAGGUUUCGGGAAAGACACUGAGCAGGACACACAGCUGCAGGGUAACUCAUGAGGUCCAGCUGGGGUCGGAAGGGGCAGGGCAGGUGUCACUCCAAACACGACCCUCGCCCGCCCACAUCAGCUUCCAGGCCCGGCGGUGAGGGAGGAUGUGAAAGCGUCAGCGACAUCCUGUCACCCGUCCCCCCCCCCCCCCAUGUCGGAGUUGAGGUCCAGAGGGCGGGGGGCUUGGGUGGCAGCUCUGUUGUGCAGGGAAAAGGAAAGGAGACACUCGGCACCACCGUUUCAGCAAUAACGAAGGGUCGUUCUGCAUUAGCAAUUCACUGUAGAUAAACCUCUCAUGGGAAUGUGACAGGUGUUUGUCUUGUGACCUUGUGCUUUCGAAGUCAGACAAAACCGCGUGAUCAACUUGCACAAAGGAGGAGGGUGCACAGUGAACAUUGAAACACAGACCUAACCCACCAGGGCGGCUUCCUCAUGGUGCUUGUGUAUUAUAUAUAUCUAACCCUGCUUGACACUUUGCCCCGGGAAACCGUCCCUUUUAUCAGUUGAAUGUUAGCAGCGUUAUUUCAUAGAGUGUGAUGACUGGUUAGAGAAGUUCAUGUACUCAGCCAAUCACGGUUUCAAACAAAAUUUUUAUGUGCAAAGGACGGCAACCUUCUCGUAUGUUAAACCACCAGUAAGCUUUGUACAUCUGUGAUAACGCCUGUUUUAUAUUCAAAUGAACAAAUAAAAGCUUUUAUUUUUGUUGCUCUGAAAA